CAAUCACAAAAGUGCCGAAUCCGUGUCUCAACUCAAUCAUAAAAGAAUGGUCUUGCCCAUGCGGCUUUUCUUUGCUCUCUCCCAUUCCUCCUACCCUCGACUACAAAAACACCAAAAUGGCCAAAACCUUCUCCCCAUCAGUAUCAACCAUGAAAGCAUGGCAAUACACCACGACCAAGGGUGGCCUGGAAAAGAAUCUCAAACUCAACCCUUCGACACCCCUCCCAACACCUACUCCCAAUCAGCAUUUAAUUCAAAUCAUUGGGGUAGCGCUAAAUCCUGUUGACUACAAGCUCUGCGAACUGCCUCUCGUCACUCGAUUCCUCGUCUCAAAACCAGCGACCCCUUGCGUCGACUUCGCAGGCUGUAUCGUGACGCCUGCUUCCGGCUCAGAUUUCAAGCCCGGACAAUUGGUUUUUGGAGUCUCGGGCUCGUCGCCGUUGUCUGGUGGUGCGUUAAGGGAAUUCAAUGUUGCGGGAUUGGGAAAUGUUGUUGCGGUUCCCGAGGGUGUGGAUCCGCUGCAUGCUUGCGGUGUGGGAGUAGCGGGCUUGACGGCUUACCAGAGUAUUGUUCCUCGAGUUAAGAAAGGGGGUAGGGUGUUCAUAAACGGUGGAUCGGGCGGAGUGGGUGCUUUUGGGAUUCAGAUUGCGAAGGUUGUGGGGUGUCAUGUGACGACUACUUGCUCGACGAGGAAUGUAGAUUUGUGUAAGAGUCUUGGGGCUGAUGAGGUAGUGGACUAUACCAAGGGAAGUAUAGUCCAAUUUUUCAGAGAAAAAGGAUGGAAAUUCGACCAUGUGGUGGAUAACGUUGGUAGCAACGAGGAGCUUGUUUGGAAGUGUGGAGACUUCUUGAAUCCCGGAGUCGUAUUCAUCAAAGUUUCGGGCGACUUGUCUUUGCAUGGGAUGAUCGAUGGAUUCAAGAGAAAAGUUGUGCCUGGUGCUCUUGGUGGUGUGAAAGGGAAGGUGGAGGGAUUUUGGCCAAAACCGAAGGCGGAAGACCUGGAUCAGAUUGCAGAGUGGAUGAAGGAGGGAAAGGUCAAGGCUGUUAUUGAUCAUACAUUCUCGUUUGAGGAAGCCCCGAAAGCAUUCGAAAAGCUGAAGACUGGAAGAGCGAGAGGGAAGAUUGUGGUCGAUGUUGCUUCUAAGACUUACACGAAGGCGUGGGAGACUGCUUCAUGAUGCUUAGAUAUUUAAUAGAGGUGGAUCAUUAAGUUCGGCGUAAUGAUAUAAUAUAGAUAGAAAUUUUUCAAAUUUUGGAGACGGGCUGGGAGAUGAAAAUUGUGUUACCGUUCUCGUCUACAACGAUGAGGCCCGGAUCACGCUUGCAGGGCAAACUGCGCGUUUAGCGCUAUUUGCGCUAUGAGCGGGAUCCCUUGCAAAAGUUUAUAAUGCAAAUAGAGCGUCCACUUGAGAUGUAGGAGUAAGGACAAAGCUGUAACAGUCAUAAAGGACAACAAAGAUCAAAAUCAAUUAUACUCAG